AUGCGAUCACGAACUGGAUGUCUCACCUGCCGUCAGCGGAAGCUGAAGUGCGAUGAGAAGAAACCCGUGUGCGGGCAAUGCACAAAGGCCUCUCGAGAAUGUGUCCCAAGCUCGGGCAUUGUCUUCCGUCACCAGCACAAUGCCUCGAUGAACGGCGAAGACUUGGGAGACGAGAACUCUCUGAAAGGCUUCUACGCCUACAAGAACACCUUCGAUGACAAUGCCAUCUGGAUGGACAUACCAAAAAAUGUAACCUUCAUCAACACCACCAACCCAUACCUGGAUCCUGGUACACCAGACUUUGACUCCAUGUCGGCAGCUUCAGACUCUCCAGGACCCUUUGAAGCCCGCUCAGUAGCUUCAUGGCGUACACACAGCAACUUCCAGUCAGUGACCAGCACACCGUCGAGUAUGGGACCCGACUUAGGCCAUACCAGUGUUCCUUACUGCUACACACCUGACCUCGAAUCUCUCCCACCCCUGAUGCAAUCACCUCCAACAUCAGCAGUCGGCACACCCAUUUCUCCUCCUCUAUCAUUAUGUAACCGACGCAUGCAUCCCGUCAUCGAUUAUGCCGCCUCUACAGCCUCGCCACCAAUUGAUCCCCGGCUAAACUCGCCAUAUGACUCUGCUGACCACAUCCCUCGUUCCGUCUCAAUUUCAAGUUCAAGACGGUCGCCCCCCCGGUCAGACGGCGGGACACCGACCCAAGACGACCAUGAGAUUGCCUUCCUUCUUCGGUGGUUCUCCGAAGGCCCUGGAUAUUGGAUGGACUUGUUCGAUCUUGGUACCUAUUUCGCCUCUUACGUUCCAGUCAAGGCACGUGAGAAUCCAUUACUCAAGUACGCAGCCGUUGCGUGCGCCGCAAAGGCUCUUGCACGUGUUCAAGGACGAAAGCCUGUCAUGGGAGGUAGUGUGACGCGUCAAGCUCGGAUGGAACAAUACCCUGACGCUCCCUUAGUUGAUUGGAAACACAAAGCAGCCGUGUAUUACGAUACCGCUGUGACGCUUUUGCUGCACGCUCUCAAGAUGGAUGUUGCCUCCUCUCCCGAUGGAUCAGAGUGUGAGCUCCGACGGCAAAGCCAUGACUUCGUGCAAGGGUACCCCGGCCCAACACACAAACGACGAAGAACUUCAAGCAACACGUCGUUUGUCUCUAGCACCGAUGAAAUCCUAGCCGCAUCAGCAAUCCUUUGCGUGUACGAGUUCUUGGACACAUCAGUAUCCGAGUGGGCGAAGCACCUGAACGGCGCCAAAUCUCUCUUGGUCUUGUCCCAGGAGCACGUUAUGCCGUUCCAACUGCCGACUCCCCCCUCUAGCAUACCGUCGGCUAGCUUCAACUUUACUUCCAAAGCCCGAAGAGCGACCUUCUGGAACAUUGCUAGGCAAGACAUGCUGGCAGCUUUCAUCAACAAGACGAGGACUAGACUCGAUACCGACUGUCUAGCGUUGUGGAAAGAAGCCGGGCUGCUAAUCGAUGAACAAGGUUAUAUCAUGCCCAGCAACACGACGGCGAGCGGAUACCCGGAAGAAGGGGAAGCGAUGAUGAAAGAAGACUUGAUUUGUAAUGCGCUUGUAUGGCUCAUGGCGAAGCUAGUCAACUUCAUGGCGGCCGGCGACGAGAUUUCCAAUGCAGCCGGAGUGUCCUGGGCAAACGUACCACAACGCACCCUCCUCGACUAUUGGUUCAAUCUUCGGAAGCAGUUCCAGGUUUGGCACGAUGGUCUGCCAGUCACUUUCAACCCUUCGGCCAGGGUUACACCUUCGCAUACCCCCAUCCAGAUUCACAACUGCGACGAUGCGUCUUUGUUUACAGAGGUCUGGUACUCAAUUCCAAUGUGCGCCUCGACUAUGCAGACGUAUCACAUGUCGCAGAUUCUCUUGUUUAUGAACAAGCCACACGAAUCGACCCAGGGAGGCAGCACAGUGGUUGCGCGCAUGAACUCGUAUCAGUCGGUCCUGGCCACAUGCCAGAAGCACAGCCCGAUCCCCGAGAGCGCCAGGUGGUACUACACUUGCUACGGGACAUUGAGUCUGACAUUGGCUGGGCUACGGACUAUCGAAUACGACAACUUUUCGAACAGUGGCAAGGCCAAGAAGCAGACGGCCUUGUGCCAUGAGCACACGAACCUAGGCAUCACCACACUCGAGAAGUGCCGUUACGAAACGGCGAUACAAGAAUAG